UAGCAUGCAUAUAUUUCAGGAAGAUAAACAUAUAUAUGUUUGAAACAGGAGAACAAGGAGCCUAGAACUUAAAAUUCGGAGAUUGAACAACAAUAGAAUUUAUUAAAGCAGCAAUAACGAUGUAUUCCAAUGAAGUAUCCAAUGAAGUAUCAGCGAUGAUAGAGGAAGAAGAGAAAUUAGGGCGUCGUAGAAAAUGGCGACUGAAGCAAAAGCUCGAAAAGGAGCACGAGAAACGAAAGCGGAUGAUGAUUAUAGCUUUUGAAAGGAAACGGAAGUCAGAGAUUGAUCGCCAGCAAAGGUCUUCACAAUGGAGGGAGAGCCCGAAGCGGCAAAAAACUGACAAAGUAAAGACGCGAUCUGCAUUCACGGGUCCUGAUGGUAUAGUCGUUGACGAAAAAGAGUUGCGUCGUACAAAAGUAGUAAUUUAUACAGAUGCAAAUCCUGGAAGAAAUUCGAAGACAUCAAAAUCCUCAACCAAGGAGUUAAUCGGCGCUUCGGAUAAACCAAGAAAAGUUGAUAUAAUCCCAAGAAAAGAAGGUGAAGGACAUAAGGCAUUAUUCGACAGGGAAGAGAUUAAAACAGCAUGGGAACAAUUGAGAGAAUUCGGAGAAUUGCGAACAGUCACGGCGGUAGACGAUUUAUCAGAGAAGUCUUUUUCAUCACAGAAGUGUCAUAUACAUUCUGACGAUGCUUCGACCAGUCAUUAUCAUAGAAAUCGAAGUAAAAAAAGUAGAGAUGGGGAUAGAAAAGAAAGAAGAAGACGCAGUAGAUCCCACUCUCACACUCGAAGUACAUCAUCUGCUGCAAGAGAUCGAUUGAAUGAAACUCAAAGACGCAAAGAUAACUCGCUGAAGAACGAAUAUGUGAAAAAGAAACAUACAGACGAUGAUAGAAACAAAUCUAAAGAAAAUCAACCUGAUCAGUCUCAUGAACUGGAUCAUAAUGAUGGUACAAUAUCGUGUUAUAGACAGGAAUUUUCUAAUCCUGCCUAUGGUGAUCCUUAUAGACCAAUGUUGCCGUUAGUAGCGCAAAUGCCUGUGAUGAGGUUUCGGGCACCGUUUCCUGCGCCAGGACCACUUAUGGCGCAAAGACUAUUUCCUGUAAUAAGACAGUUCCCCGCGCCAAGAUAUUUUCCCAUGCAACGUGUAUUUCCCGAUAUGAAUAGAUGGCGAGCACCACCGGGAUUCAUUUAUUAUAACAUUAUUAGUUAUAACAGAGGAAUAAAUUACUACAACAGCAGACUCAUCGACGGCUACAGAAAGGGUGUCAUUAACAACAACAACAACAACAACAACAACAACAACAACAACAACAACAACAACAACAACAACAACAACAACGUAAAUCGCAGGAACAGCCAAAAUAGCAAUAAUAGCAGCCAAAACAGCAAUAACAGCAGCCAAAACAGCAAUAACAGCAGCAGCAGCAAAAACAGCAAUAACAGCAGCAAAAACAGCAAUAACAGCAGCAGCAGCAAAAACAGCAAUAACAGCAGCAGCAAAAAGAGUAUUGACAACAGCAGCAGCAGCAAAAACGUUGACAGCAGUAAAAAUAGUACCAGUGAUAACAUAAAUAGCAACAACAGCAGUACAAACAAUAACAGCAGUAAUAAUAAAAAUAAUAAAGUAAGCAGUGACAAGGACAUCAACAAAAAUAAUGACGAUAGCACCAGCACCACUAUCACCGACAAGCAGCAAUAG